UCUGACUCUAUUAUUUAUCCUUCUUCACAUAAUUGAGAUACGGAUUAUGAAAGAUAUUAUAUAAUCACCUUUUUCUUGCUAUGAUUAAAGUAAAUACCAUGGAAAUGUUAAUUAUGUCUUUGUUUCUUCUACUCUUGCGCUUGAGCACAACGGCCGUUUAAGGUUUGGUGUCACUUGUCCUAACACAUUUAGAAAUUUCUGAUCUAAUUAUUAUUUUGUACCAAAAGUCCAUAACAAAUGGGACAUGUAGCGAGAAACUUUGAGGUGAGUUUAAGAACCCUAAAAUUGAAAUCCGAUCAACCACAUCGCUGCAUUUUUUCCCUUUGAUCGACGAAGCUCACUCGGCAGUGUCAUGUUGCUACUUCACAUGCAGUGAUCACGACUAUGAAUUGCAGCCGUGAGCUUGCGACUUGGGUGGGAAUCGCAGCUAUGCCUAAAUUGCAACUGUGAAUUUGGGCUGAAAGGAGAUCAUGGCAUGGUCGAAAUAUUUCAGACGUAGAUUUAUUAUUUCACAAAUAAAUAUUUACAUCGUAGGUAUUGUUUUAUUAAAUAUUUUAAAUUAUAUUAUAAUUAUUUUAAUAUUUUUACGGUAGAAAAAAAAUAUCUACUGCUCUGGACCUGUUCCCUUUGCAUCUUUCGUACACAAACCCAUAAAGACUUCACUGCUGCUUUCUCUUCCACCACCGCCGUUGCUGCCUCUUUCUCUCUCGUUGCCAUGAUUGACAACCACAGGCCGUCGCCGAAGGAUACGAACGAGAACGGCAACCACUAUGACGUCUCCGACCACCCCGCCAACACCCGAGCGGUCUCUUCCUCCUCCCGCGCCUCCCCUUCCUCCGCCGCCACCUCCUCUGCGCAACCCACGGCCCCCAAGGGCCACACUAUCGAGGAUGUGUGGAACGACAUCAGCCUCCACCGCGACGACAGCCACUGGCAUCGCACCCACCCGCUCCCCCAUCGCUCCCUCCGCACCAUGAUCCUGCAGGACUUCCUCUCCGGCCCCCUCAUCCGCCCUCCUUCCGCGGCCACCGCAUUCGACUGCCCUCCCUCCGCUGCCGUCCACCCCACCGCACUCAGCCUCGAGAUCCACCUCAUCCCGCCCGAUUCCAUCCACUCCGGUUCCGCCGCCUCCCCCUCCCCCUCCCCCUCGUUCGUCUUCCCUGCUUUCUCCGACACCAACCCGCCCCCGUCGUCCCCCAUCGGCCUCUUCUCCUUCUGCUCCAAGAAAAAACCCCUCUCCGAUCCCCCCUCUAACUCCGGCGUGGUCCGCCGCCACAACCGCAUGAUGAAGAACCGCGAGUCCGCCUCCCGCUCGCGAGCCAGGAAGCAGGCCUACGUCAACGAGCUCGAAGUGGAAAUCUCGCAGCUUCAGGAGGAGAAUUCCCGGCUAAAGAAGGAACUCAAGAAGCUACACAAGGUGAUGGCCUCCAAGCAACUAUUCCCCUCAAAGAACAAGCUGCAGAGGAGCUCAACUGCAUCAUUCUGAACAACUCUGCAACCAUUCCCAAAUGUUAGAUAUUUUAAUCAUCACUCGUUCUGAUCGAAGAAGAACUCGCCCAAUGUGAAUGUGAAAGUGAAUAUGAACACGCAGAGCGCCUAAAUAUAUAUAUAUAUGUAUGUAUAAUGAUUAAUGAUUGAAUCCCUGGUCUGGUCCGGAGGAGGAAGAGCUUUGUGUGUUUGAAGAUAUGUAGCAGGAAUGGCAACGGCCGGGCCAUGGGAGGCUGCCGAUGACGGUACGUAGCCUGAGAAAAGGCAAGAUGAUAAUGCGUAUAUGGAGUGAUGGGACGUGACGUGACCUAGUUACAUGGAUUCUAGUACUGUUCCUCUUUGUAGGGCUCUUGCUUUGUCUCUCGGUUAUUUAGGCAUUAUGGUCUCUGUAAUUAUAUUAUAAUAUGCUUCGAUGGUCGGAAUACUUACUUUAUUUCUAUCUAUCA